UGUCUCCCCGCCUCUGCUUGCCCUCAGUGUGUCGCAGUCCCCAGCUCCUCGUCCUGCUGUACCUCAUAAGUGCGACACUUCAUAGCUCCUGCGGCACCCCAUAGCUCCUGCGGCACCCCAUAUCUCCUGCGACACCCCAUAGCUGCUGCACAUCACAACUACUGUUCGCCACAACUGCUGCACAUCACAAGAGCUGCACAUCACCCCAGUAGUCACACAGUUGUGGCAGUGAUGGCGGCAGCGGGAUGGGACAGAGAGAGAGCCUUCCGGUGGUACCUGAGUUGUUGUGACGCCGGCCAGGAGGUGCUCUACCUGACGCUGUGCAGCCUGUACAAGGGAGCUUCUCGAAAUCCUAAUGAUUACGUCAACCAGGUCCUCGACUGGACGUAUAAAAAGUAUGUCUCCCACUUCAACAUGGGUCAGCGGGCCAGGAUGAGGAUAGAGCAAAACAACAAUGAUUAUGACAUCUACCAAGCGGCGAUGGCUUAUGGCGUCGACACCUGUUUAGUGGUGCUGAAAUGGACUUGUGGCUUAACCUCUCCGGAUAUUAGCGAGUGGGACCGUCUGCCUCCAUACUGCCUGGAGCACCGCCUCCACAUUAUCGCCUCCAAUGUUCAGCAGUUUUACAAAGGCACUUCCACCGCUUAUGAGUCAAAGGAACGCUUGAACGAAGAAGUCACUGGUUUGAAGGAGCUAUACAAAAAUAUCCUUCAAGAGGCAGAGUGUCGGGCAGGCAUAGAUCUCACUUACUCCACAAAAGCUGUCCUCUCCCGCUUAGAUAAAGUCUUGAGCCAGCAGACACCUGUAGAGGACCCGCAGCGUUACGCCCAACUUCUUCAUCGGGAAGGUUUACAAGAGUUACUGGGAGGAUUAAUUUCGGAAGAACUCCAGAUUCGUCCACUGCCGAUGAUUUCUUUACGCUUGGAUUCUGUUUACUCGGAGUUGUCACUACUGGAACAAAACGUCGAAGGAAACUUUACAAUAACGCCGCGUGUCUUCCUCGCUUCGAAGAUCUUGAAGGAGGUAGCUAAUGGCACAAAAGAGCUUCACGGUCAUGCUGUGGUUGGUGGGCCGGUUGGUAGUGGCAAAUCAACGCUGUUCCUUCAGUUGCAAAACUACUGGAUGCGAGGAGGUUGUGUGAUAACGGACCUGGAGAAAAUACAGUUCUUCUUUAUUGUGAAUUUAUCAACAACAAGAGCUACCACAGCAGAUCAGCUGCUGCGUGAAGAACUACUCCCUAGGACCACCAGCUGCUUCCCGCCAGGCCGCAUCAUCCCAGCCCUCAAGAAGCUCUGCGUCCUUUGGGUACUGGAUGGCUAUGAUCGGGCCAAUGAGUCAGCCAAGAAACUAGCAAAUGAGAUCUACAAAAAGUUUUCUCUAGUGUUUCUCACAAGUCAACUUGAUUUCAUGCCAGUGUGUUUCUCUGUUGUGAUAGAAACAGGCAUACCCCCCAUGUGUCUCAUUCUGGACCACCCAAGAGGUACCCGAGACAGUGCCUUAGCUGCUAAUGUUUUUCAGCAGUUGACUUCCAACGGACACCAAAAAUUUAUUCAGUUCUUAGUGGCACGUAAGAGACAUCACGACCAUCUCAUGGUGAUGCCGCUACACGUGACUCUGUUGUGUAUAUUGUAUAACUACAGCCCAGAGAGCAUGGAGAAGGUGCAUUCACUGACUGACCUCUACAGACACUUAAUCAUUGAGGUGAUAAAUUCUCUGACCAAGAAAGUUUUAGAUAAAAAUAAAAACAAUCGUGAAAAUUUCUUCAUUAAAGUGGUGCGGCCGUGGCUCUCGCUCAUGGCAGAAGAUGCCUGGGAAGGUGUCAAGGCUGGAUCUCAUCUUCUACAAGACAAAAGUUUACAAAAAGUAAAGGAAUUGUGUGGAAAGGAAACAAAUCAGCUUCUGGCCGGCUUGCUCGCCUCGAAGCCUGGAAAGGACGACCAACCAGUUUACUUCUGGAACCUCGGGGAGCUGCAGGACCACUUUGCUGCCACGCAUUUGUCCACUGUGCUGAAGAACUCAUCAAGGGCCACCACCAUCCGCUCUCUGCUGGAGGGCGACAACUACCGCUACAACAACAUACUGGUGCACCUCUUGGGGCUGCUCGCUUCUCAGAACGCGUAUACUAGUGAGAGGAAAAUUGGAAAGAAUGGAGUUGAUAUUGUACAGCACUUAUGGAAAAAUGGUUAUGGCAAGGAGAAAGAACACUGUCUGGCCGGGAAGAUCAACCGUUGGCUAUCUCUGUGUUUAGAGGCUAAGAUGGACUUGUCUGUACUCACCACUGUUGUUGCUCUCAUUCCUCAACUACGCUUUGGUGAUGACGAUCUCAGUUUGUAUUACCCAGUCAUUGAGAAAAUAGUCAUGCAGUAUGAUCAGCUUCUCGUUUGCUUCCAGAUCAAGAGAGACCUUAAAAAUUUGAGCGAUUUGUCCAACUUGAUGAAAAUGAUCUUACACAAAAGGCACAGGAUAUGGCUGGCGCUCGUCAGUAGUGCCACAGCUUAUGGCAAUAAACAAGUCGCUGACCAUCUGCUGGAGGAACCCAUAAAGAAGAGGCAGUUACAAAUUAUGUCUAUUGAGGGUCAUUACAGUACCUCCUUCCUCAGAUCGGUGCCGGUAACGGUGCAGCAGAUGCACGUUCGGGUGAUAUCAAGAGAGGAGCUGGAUGCUCUGGCCUCCAGCUUACAUAAACUCAAACUAUACUCCUUCAACCUGGUACUGGACAUGCCUGACCUGCGUCACUGUGAUACCAGUCUCCCAACCCUUAACAUUAAAUGGCUGAAAAUGAUGCCCAGUAUCCCCUCACCGGCGUUGUGGCUGUUUAUACCCUUGAUGGAGGACUCUCACGCGCCGUGGGUGUUACGGGCACUAAACUGCAUCUACCCAACUCACUACGGCCGCCUCUACCUUCCCGCCUGCCGCCUCUCCCUGGCUGGGGAGCGGCAGAUCGUUGCUAAGCUGAGGCAGGCCACCACCUUCACCCUGGACGAGCUGAUCUUUGACAAGCCAGACGGUACCUGCAGACACUUCAACUUCAAGGCCGAGCGUGUCAGCAAGCGGGAGGGUGCCGGCAGCCUCACCUGCCAAUGAAGGUGACACUACCUGGACACCAGCAGUGAUCGGGACAGUGGACACCAGCAGUGACUGGGACAGUGGACACCAGCAGUGACCGGGACAGUGGACACCAGCAGUGAUCGGGACAGUGGACACCAGCAGUGACCGGGACAGUGGACACCUGCCACACUUUGAUCUAUGUCUUACUGUAAUGUUCUCAUACUACAGCUGAGGCCAUUGAGUUGUUUGUGUACUGAGUGACACCGACUGACUGAUACUGAAUUGUUGUGAUGAAUUAUUACAACAAACCAAAGCAAGAAGUUAUUAACGGCAUCAAAACAGAAUUAUGGUAUGUACAGUAGAUAAGAUGUAAAGAGAAUGUCAAAGAUUGUCAUACAAAUGCAUUAAGUAACAGAUUUGGUUCAUAAGUGAAGCUUGAGUAUAAUGAAUGAAAUAAAAGUCAAGACCAGA